AUGGGUAAGCGGCACAAGAAUAAUGACCUUUUGGUUCGAAGACACGCGGAGUAUGUAAGCCCACGCGUAAGGCGAUUCAGCCCCAAGAACCGCACUCUCGUGCGGGAAAAGACUCGAUCUCGCCACGAGGAAGCCGUGGUCCAGCCCUCUGCGGGUGAAGUGGAUCCCGCCGGAAAUGGAUACUCGGCCGUGACGCAGGGCUGUGAAUGGCCAGCAACCAAAAAAAGUUUUGUGGAGAACGCUUGGCUCGGGUGA